AUUAUGGGUAAAUUUAUUAAGCAUUCCAACACAUCACUUGUAUCAGUUGUCAGCACUUUUGGGUUAAGAUAGUUGCCCCUUCCCCUUUGUUUUGUCUCCUCUGAAUGUUACUUCAAAGGGGAAUAAGAGCUGUUCUUUUUUGCUCAAAGUUUCCAGUGUGCUGCUGAAACUAUCCACUCUGCUGUCCGUGGGCAUUGCAGCUGCAGGACGAGUUGACUUCUUCCUGUUUGGACACCUGUUGCCAGCCAUCUGCUACAUGUAACAAGACAAGGUGGUUUGGGCCACCUUGCAAGAAGAUGAGAUCAUUGAAUACCCUAUUUUUGCCAGAGGUGGUCAAAGAAAAUGGAUAGCUAUUCAGAUUUCAGUGCAAAGAAUCUCUCACCAUCAGCUAAUAUGUCUAUUUCUUUGUGGGAACAAGCCGGACUCAAUGCCACUGGUGGUCCUCCUUCUAUGUCAAUAAGCAGGCUUUUUCCAGCCCUAUUAGAAUGCUUUGGAAUAAUUCUUUGUGGCUAUAUAGCCGGAAGAGCCAACAUUAUCACAUCAACUCAGGCUAAAGGACUAGGAAAUUUUGUCUCCCGUUUUGCACUCCCAGCUUUACUGUUCAAAAACAUGGUGGUACUUAACUUCUCUGAUGUAAACUGGUCCUUCCUGUACAGUAUCUUAGUUGCCAAGGCUGCUGUAUUUUUCUUAGUCUGCGUUCUAACAUUGUUGGUAGCCAGUCCUGAGAAUCGAUUUAGCAAAGCGGGCUUGUUCCCUAUUUUUGCUACACAAAGCAAUGACUUCGCACUGGGAUACCCAAUAGUUGAAGCUCUAUACCAAACCACUUACCCGGAGUAUCUCCAAUACAUUUACCUAGUGGCUCCAAUAUCUCUUAUGAUGCUAAACCCCCUGGGGUUUAUCUUCUGUGAAAUCCAGAAGUGGAGAGACAAUCGCACGGUGUCCCAGAGCAAGAUCAAAAUAGUGGGCCUGGCACUCCUUCGAGUUCUGCAGAACCCAAUUGUAUUCAUGGUCUUCAUAGGAAUUGCCUCAAAUUUUGUUCUUGGCCAGAAAAUUCCUGAUUACCUUGAAAAUUUCCUUGAUGGACUGGGCAGUUCAUUUUCUGGCUCUGCACUUUUUUACCUUGGACUAACUAUGGUGGGACAAACAAAAAAGCUGACAAAGGGUAUGUUUGUUGCACUGAUCCUUCUCAUCACAGCUAAACUACUUAUGAUGCCAUUUCUUUGUAGAGAAAUGGUGGAGCUCCUGGACAAGAGCAGCAGCACCGUCAACCACACCAGUUUAUCGAACUAUGCAUUUCUUUAUGGAGUUUUCCCAGCAGCACCUGGUGUUGCAAUAUUUGCAACUCAAUUUAAUAUGGAAGUAGGAAUUAUUACCUCAGGCAUGGUGAUAAGCACUUUUGUGUCUGCACCUAUCAUGUAUGUUUCUGCAUGGCUUUUGACCAUUCCGUCUAUGGAUCCCAAUCCACUGGCAUCUGCACUCCAGAAUGUUAGCUUUGACAUAAGUAUUGUCAGCCUUGUUUCUCUGAUUUGGUCUCUUAUUAUUGUUCUUCUGAGUAAGAAAUACAGACAGCUUCCUCAUAUGAUUACAACAAAUCUACUUGUUGCUCAGCUUAUUGCUUGCAUUGGAAUGGUGAUAUGGAAUUUCACUGUUAAACAGAAAGAUGUAACUGUGCAGAUCCUAGUAUUUAUAUUUCUCUACAGUUCACUUUAUAGCACCUACCUGUGGACAGGUUUUUUAUCUUUCUCUUUGUUUCUGUUGAGGAAGAGAGAAACAGUAAAGAUUCCCAUUGGGUUUAUAAUCAUAGCUGGAUGGGGUGUCCCAACGCUUCUGGUGGGAAUCUUGUUAAUAGUUGGUGAACGUAACAGCGCUAGCAUUGACUCUGCCUUUUUCUAUGGAAAACACCAGAUAAUCACCACAGCAGUGGUCCUGUUCAUCAGCAUUUUGAUGACAGGCAUCUCACUUAUGUGCAUGAACAGAAAUAGACAAGAGUCAAACUAUGAGGUACUGAACCCAUAUUCACCUCAUGGCCAAGUGGAAGGGAAUGAGGGGAAUCGAGUUGCAGCCACUGUGCCUCAACCUUCUGCAGGGUCUUCUGCACCACCUUCUCCUGCACAGCCUUCUACAGGUUGCUCUGCACAGCUGUCUGCAGUAAGAGAUUGCUGUUCUUGUCAAACAACGAAUGGGGAAAUAUCCUGUGCUAAGGAGGGCAAAGCAGUGCCAAAUGCUGUUGAAAACAAGGUUCCUCCAAUUGAGACAGCUGAUCAGUGUGUGAAUCAAUGUAGUGCUCAGACCUGCGUACUGGCUCAGGAAGAACAGCUUCUACAGACUGGAGACAAACAGCUGGCCAGACAUGUGCUGCUGUGCUUGCUUCUUGUUGUUGGCCUUUUUGCUAAUCUUUCCAGUUGUUUGUGGUGGCUGUUCAACCAAGAACCUGGAAGACUGUAUGUGGAAUUGCAGUUCUUUUGUGCUGUGUUUAAUUUUGGUCAGGGCUUCAUUUCCUUUGGUAUUUUUGGUUUGGAUAAGCAUUUAAUCAUUCUGCCAUUCAAGCGAAGGCUUGAGUUUCUCUGGGGAGGCAGAGAAGCAGAAGGGCAUGCAGACUCCACUCUACCUGAGGAAAUCAGGAUGACCUGUCAACAGUUUGUUCAUUAUCAUAGAGAUCACUGUGUCAAAAGCAUUGUCAAAGGCAGAAGGUGUGGUGCAAAGAUCUCUACUGGCAUCUUCUUGGGCUGUGACCUGGUGAACUGGCUCAUCCAAGUUGGCCUCGCCUCUGACCGUGGUGAAGCUGUGAUGUACGGAGACAGACUGAUGAAAGGAGGUGUCAUCCAGCAUAUUACAAAUGAAUUUGAAUUUCGGGAUGAACAUUUAUAUUACCGCUUUGUUCAAAAGAGAGCAACUACAACGGAGAGCCAAUGACCUGAGCAUGUAGACAGAGGACAGGCAGGUAGGGGUAAACGUGACCAUCUCUUUUGGGUUUGCUGCUGAAACUGGAAGUGUUUCUUUCUCAGGUGUCCUGGAGGGUCAUGUUACCUUCUCUUGUAAAGUUAGGAAAUGUGGUUCUACUUCUGUCUAUUCUGAAGCAAAUGAAAGCCAUUCUUAAACCAGAAGGCAACUAGAUCAAAAGAAGAUACUCUAGAUUUCUUCCAUUUUCAGCAAAACAAAUAGUAAAAUAGUAUGUGUCACUGGCAUAUUAUACAUGCACUUAUAACAGCAACUUUAGUGGCUGGUGCCACAAUGGGAAAAAAAAACAUAACAAACAUAUGUGAGGGAAAUAUUUCGUGUUGCUGUAUGUUUUAUAGUAUUUCAGCAUGACUCAAUUUUGAUCCUUUUUUAAGGUCAAGCUCCCGCUAACCUCAUAAAAAUAGGACUUCUUCCAUCAUACCUCAGUUUUUACUACUGUAUACACUUGUAUAACACCAGAAACUUUUUCUGGUUGUUAACACCUCACACUAGGCAUUUGUUUCCCUUUUAAAUAUAAAAUCCUCCAUUUUUAAAAAUGGAAUUCUUGUGAAGAGAUUAUAGCAUAGUAGAAUUUAAGCUGAGGAAAAAAGGAGUGGAAUAAAAAUGGUUUUCUACAAAGGUACUGCAGAAACAUACAAAAAUAAUCCCUACUGCUCAAAUUAGGAAACAAUGUGAUGUAUUCUUAUGUGAACAGCUGGUUCUGAAAUUUUACCUUUUAGUGGUGGUAACAGCUUUGUCAAGAGUGGAUUUUUAGUUUCUGGAGUAAGCCUCCAUUAUAAUUCAGAAGUGCCAGCCUCAGACAGAGAACUUGUGGAAGCCUAGGACACCAGUAUAAGACCCAACAUUUUAUCAAACCAUGAGAUCUUUUAAAUAACAUGCAUUGACUUCCAAGUCUAUUCUAUAAACAACCCUAAUGGAGUAUCCAGGUUAAGGUUUAGAAAAGCUGGAGAUAUUAGAAUGUUAUUAUUGGGCACACAACAGACUUUUCAAAUAGGCCUCAGGUAUCCCUCUAUGAGGUUAAGUGGUUAAUCCAGUGUCAUUCAAAUUCCUGUGCACUGACAGCAGAAACUUCAAGAGUAUUUUGGAGAGGUUAAAGACAAACUGUAGUAUCUGACGGCCAUUACACUGCUAGGAAAAGCAGUUCUAAUGCUGAAAGAAUGGCGUGUAUUUGUCUAUAUAAAAUGUUAGAUAAUGAGGGAAAGGAAUGCAAAUACUAAAAAAGUAUUUACUCAUCUGAAAUAGUCAAGCAAAUGACUUUUUAAAAAAGCAUCCCUUAAUUUUAUUUUUUUUUUAAUACAGAUUUUAUUGCAGCCACUUAUGUGUCCACUUUGUAUUAAGAACUGAAAAUGAUUUUAGCAGUAUAAACUAUUGUUCAGGAAACAGUCAUUUUAUGGUAGCUAUAACUCUGCAAAGGAUUUCAUUCUUAUUGCAUAUCUGCAGUGUGCUCUGAAACAUAACUGUAUACGUAUGCUACACAAACUGACGUAUUUUAAUGUUUCCAGCAACAAGGUAAUUGACAUUUGUAUUGGGCUGUGGCCCCAAAGGAAAACGACAGUUUUAUUUCCAUUAGAACUGCUGAAAACAAUGACAUCAAACAUUUUGGAAUGACUAGAUAUACAUGUCUAAAGAGCAGAAGCUACGUGUCUGGCUUCUAAAUAUUGUAACUUAUUAAUAAAUCUGAUAUUGAUUUCAGA